AUGGAUAUCAAUAAGCGUGAUAGGCAGAUCAGGGAACUUAAUGAAGACCUGCGCAUUGCUCGAGGUGAUCUAGAAAGAGAACGAGAAUCUGUCUCAUCUCUCAAAUCUACGCUAUCCCACCAAUCCACCGCUCAUCUUAGCCUGACUACUCAAGUCAGUGCCUUGAAUGCCCAGAUUGCUGCUGUUCAGUCCCAGCUCGAUGUUGCUACAUCCACAACCUCUCAGCGUACUUUAGAUCUCGGGUCUGCACAAAAACGUAUUACGGAGCUGGAACAAGAUGCCCGCCAAUGCGAAAGCAUUCGCAGAAAGCUGCAUAACAUGGUACAGGAGCUGAAGGGAAACAUACGCGUUUUUUGUCGUGUUCGACCUCUUUCAGGCGACUCAGCUGCUGAUAUAUCAUAUCCGGACCGAAGGGAUCAUAAAGAAAUUGUUCUAUAUUCAUCUAGCUCUAGUGCUAUGGGCCAGGAGAGAAAAGAGGUGUAUAACUUUAACUUUGAUCGAGUUUUUGAACCAGAGUCUACCCAAGCUGAUGUUUUUGAGGAGAUUUCUCAGCUAGCCCAGAGUUGCACGGACGGCUACAAUGUUUGUAUCUUUGCCUAUGGUCAAACGGGGUCCGGCAAAUCUCAUACAAUGGAAGGAGGAUCAACUAAUACCACUUCGGGGAUGAUUCCUCGCGCUGUCGAACAAGUUUUUAGAGUUACAGAAGAACUGAAGACCAAAGGCUGGGAGUACACAAUGGAAGGUCAAUUUUUGGAAAUUUAUAAUGAGGCUAUCAAUGAUUUACUCGGAAAAGGUGAAUUCGAUAAGAAAAAACACGAGAUCAAACACGACAAAAAUGGGACCCGUGUUACAGACACUAACGUCGUUUCCCUUCGUUCACCUAACGAAGUCCGCUCUAUUCUUGCUCUAGCCAAUUCGCGGCGCACAGUAGCUGCGACGUUGAUGAAUGAAAGAUCGUCGCGCUCGCACUCUGUGUUUACCCUACGGAUAUCCGGCUCAAACCAGCAUACAGGAGAGCAGUGUGAAGGAUGUUUAAAUUUGGUGGACCUUGCGGGUAGCGAGAGGCUGAAUUCGAGCGGCGCUGCUGGUGACAAGGAAAGACUAAAGGAAACACAGAGUAUAAACAAAAGCCUCAGCGCCCUGGGAGAUGUAAUAGCAGCGCUUGGAGAAAAGGGGGAGAAAGGAGAGAAGCAUAUUCCGUAUAGAAAUUCUAAGCUUACAUACCUCUUGCAGAACUCGCUGAGUGGAAAUUCCAAGACACUAAUGAUUCUGAACCUUUCACCUCUGGCAGCCCAUUUGAAUGAGUCUCUGACUUCGUUACGAUUUGCGACCAAGGUAAUAAUACGACCAUUGGAACUGCUAAGAAGCAACUGCGUGCAUCUAGUUGAUCUUUGAUAAUAAUUGGACAGGUGCUGUCGAGCUGUCGUAUUUUACACCCCUACAUUCUGUAGC